AUGGACGUCAACAGGAGACUGGGGAUGAGGGACACUGUGCUGGCGCUCUUACUCGCUGUCCUUCAGGGAUUUCCUCUCGGGGAAACGGCCCCGAAUCCAUCCCCGCUGGUUGGAUCCAACUGGGGGAACCCGAGGAGAUACAUUCACCUGCAGACAUCCACAGACCUCAACAACUUCUACUUGGAGAUCAGAUUAGAUGGCACUGUGCGCAAAACUACAGUCAGGAGUUCAUAUAGUGUGAUUUUACUGAAAGCUGAAACAAGGGAGCGCAUCGCCAUCCUCGGCGUGAAAAGCAGCCGUUUCCUGUGUAUGGAUUUGGAAGGCAACCCGUUCAGCUCUCCCAUCUGCCUCAGAGACGACUGUCUCUUCAACCACAAGCUUCUGGAGAACAACCGGGACGUGUACUACUCCAGCCGCACCGGUAUCCUGUUCAACCUGGAGGGCUCCCGGCAGGUGUACUCAGCGGGUCAGAACCUGCCGCAGACCUCCCUCUUCCUGCCCAAGAAGAACACGGUGCCGCUGGAGCGCCUCCUGCUGCACAGGGAGAAGAGGAACCAGGUGGUGGAUCCCUCCGACCCGCACAACGUCUACCUGGGUCAGACAGAGGAAGGCUCGGACUCCCGGGCCUUGCCGGAGGACGACGCAGAGCUGGAGUUGGAGGUGGAGGCAGGGGACGACGGACGCAACGUGUCCCGGGAGACGCCGCUGGCUCCGUCUACCCACGACCCUUGGAACGUGCACUCGUCCAACCCAGCCAGCCCUCGGACCUCCGGGACCAUGGGGUGA